ACCGACAGCGACCACAGUUUACAGAAAAUUAUCAGCCAUGGCUCCAGGAGGUAAAUCCGCAGGAAAGGCAAUGAAAAAAUCGUCCGGCAAGGCACAAAAAAACAUCGCCAAGUCCGACAAGAAACGCAAGCCAAAGAGGAAAGAAUCGUACGCCAUCUACAUCUACAAAGUGUUGAAGCAAGUGCACCCCGACACCGGUGUUUCCUCUAAGGCCAUGAGCAUAAUGAACAGCUUCGUCAACGAUCUGUUCGAACGCAUUGCCGCCGAGUCCAGUCGUCUGGCCCACUACAACAAGCGCUCGACCAUUACCAGUCGGGAAAUCCAAACCGCCGUCCGACUCCUGUUGCCCGGUGAAUUAGCCAAGCACGCAGUCAGUGAAGGAACCAAGGCUGUUACAAAAUACACCAGUUCCAAAUAAUAUUCAGUCACUUGUAAAUCUGACAAUUAAAACGGCCCUUUUCAGGGCCACUAUCUAAUAUUUAUGAAGACCAACGCCAUUCAUUAAUUGAUCGUUUCAAAUCUUAUAGGUAAACA